CCAGUAUUACAGCCAUGUUUAUAUUGUAGAAGGUGAAGCAUCGUAGUUGAUUAUAAUGUGAAAUGGGAGUUGUUUUCUGUUGGUUGUGAGCAAACUUGUCCAACAAAAAUAUAGGAUAUAUUUGUUGUCUUAAAAAGGGGAAGGUGUUCCAGGCUUUGGUUUUUCCAUUUAUGUUUUGAGGUUGGACUUUAGCACGUCUGGCUUGUUAGGACGUUCGGCGCACUGAUUGGUGUCACCUCGUUAGCCAGUAUGUGUUACACCUGUUGUGUCAAAAAUGGGUUCAUUAUUCAAGGCUUUGAGCGACACAGAAUUUAGAACAGCCACAUGUUUAUAGCUGAAGUCCCGCUCACCGUAGCAGCGUAGCCUUUAUCUCACAUAUUAAAUCACGUGUUCGAGAGCAUCAAAUCCAUGCUGCGUUGUGGGUAAACGGUGACCUGCACUGUCGGCUGCAAUGUCGAACGAGCCCAAAUUAAUCAAUACCAAACCAAUCAGGUGGUUGUUCGACGAAUUGAAUCUUUAGACGUCAUUAAUCUUGUGCUGCUGAUAAAGUGACACUGCUUUGAAUUAUACCGCUUAGCGACUUCAGUACAUGCCUCAAAGCUCCAGUCUCAAACUUAACCCCGUUCCUGCUGAAGAAGAAGAGGUCUGCUGGAUGGAGAAAGAAGCUCUCGUGAAAGAGGAAGAGGAGGCUGUUACAAUACAAAAACCAUUAGAGAGUGAAGCUGUUACAGUGAAAGAAGAAGAGAAAGACGUUUCAGUUAAAGAAGAGGAAGAUGUGUUCAGAGUUAAAGAGGAGGAAGAAGAUGUUUCAGUGAAAGAGGAGGAGGAAGAGGAGGUUGUUACAAUACAAAAACAAGUAGAGAGUGAGGCUGUUACAGUGAAAGAAGAAGAGAAAGACGUUUCAGUUAAAGAAGAGGAAGAUGUGUUCAGAGUUAAAGAGGAGGAAGAAGAUGUUUCAGUGAAAGAAGAGGAGGGGGAGAUAACUGUCACAUUGAAAAAUGAAGAAGAGGGGGACCUGGAUAUCUGGGCCCGGUUUCACACUCAUCUUAAGGCAUCUAAUGAUUCUAACGAUGAACCAGCCCUGAUUAACACUAGAGAGAGACAUGACUAUCCUGGAUCCUCUGGGGGGCCUCAACAACCUCAUGAUGCUGAUGAGGCAGAGAAGAGUCUCUCCACAUCAAAACACCUCAAGAAACACCAGAAGAGACCCACAGGAGAGAGGCGUGACUAUCCUGGAUCCUCUGGGGGGCCUCAACAACCUCAUGAUGCUGAUGAGGCAGAGAAGAGUCUCUCCACAUCGAAACACCAGAAGAGACCCACAGGAGAGAGACGUGACUAUCCUGGAUCCUCUGGGGGUCCUCAACAACCUCAUGAUGCUGAUGAGGCAGAGAAGAGUCUCUCCACAUCAAAAUACCUCAAGAAACAUCAGCAGAGACCCACAGGAGAGAAACCAUACUGCUGCUCUUACUGCGGGAAGGGUUUCUUCAGAUCAGAUUCACUAAAAAUACACAUGAGAAUUCACACGGGAGAGAAACCUUAUAUCUGUGAUCAAUGUGGGAAGAGUUUUACUACAUCUCACCAGCUGGCUUCACACCAGAGAACACACACAGGAGAGAAACCUUAUAGCUGUGAUCAAUGUGGAAAGAAUUUUCAAACAUCAAGCCCUCUGAUUCGACACCAGAGAACACACACAGGAGAGAAACCUUAUAGUUGUAAUCAAUGUGGGAAGAGUUUUACUACAUCUAGCCAGCUGACUUCACACCAGAGAACACACACAGGAGAGAAACCUCAUAGCUGUAAUAUAUGUGACAAGAGAUACUCUGAUAAAAGAUCUCUGAUUAAACAUCAGAAAAUACAUGAAGGAGUUGUUUCAUGAUAUCAAUGAAAUAAUGUCACAAUGUAGAAUGUUUUAACAUUAGUAGGAUUAUUUUGAUGUCACAAUGUAGAAUGUUUUAACAUUGUAGUAGGAGUAUUGUAAUGAUGUUCUACCUUAUCCUUUGUAUCGUUUGCCCUGUUCAAUUGAUUGCAGCAUGAUAUGGAUAUUAGCCUCAGGGGGAAUUCCAGGCUCUGAAUUGAAAGGGUAUUAUUAAACAAAAAGUGACUAAACAAAAGAGAUGUGUUACCCUUGCAUUUUGAUUCAACACUUCAAAAUGUAGCUAGCUGUUUUCUACAAGUUGAAGAAAAUACAUGUAACAUGAUAAUUGUUGCAGAUGUUUGUGUAUAUACACAUGGA